AUGAGCAUGAACUCGAUGGAGAAUAUGUGGUUGACAGACAAGCCUAGAAAAUUGAAGCCGAAGAUCGACCUCUUCUCGAUGCUAGAUAGUGUUGCUUUGAUAUGGCAAUUCGCUGGGAAUUUUCCGAUGCGCUUCCCUGGUCAUGGCAAUGUGAAAAAGUGUUGCUUCAGUAGAGUCAUCAUGGGGUAUCAAAUAAUUCUGUUCUUCACGUGUGUGGCAUUGAUCUCUACAGUUUUCUACACGUGGGAGCAUAUUCUGAGAUCGCAGAUAUGGGUAAUGACGAUGGUGACAAUUGUUCGGACCAUGUCGUGCCUUCUGUGCAUGCUGAUCAACUGCUUCAUGUGGAUGUUCUACCGAAAGGAUUUCAUAGACGCUAUGGACUUCCUCGCGUCCCAGAGUGUAAUUCUGAAUCAACUAGGCUGUCGACCGGACUACAGUCGCUGCCUGAGGAUGAUCCAGGCGCUUGUUUAUGGGAUGUUGACGAUUUUAUUGAUGUUCAUAUGCUACGAUUUUUUCAUUGGUUUUUCCCGGUGGCCACCGGGCAACAAAACAUUUUCGUUCAUUCAAUGGCUCUUUUGGACUAUACCGCUGGUCGUCCAAGUUAUGACACCCACGAUAUUCGUAGCUUUGGUCAUGAUUCUGGGACUUCAUUUUCGGCAAUUGAAUGUCAAGUUGAUGGCGGUGAGGGACAGAAGUAAUUCGUCACCACCCAAGAUAAUUGAAGUCUCCAACGAAGGCGUUGAGAGUAUUCGCUUAAUUGCCAAGGUCCACUACAACCUCUGCAAAAUAUCUAAAUUCAUUAACUCGUUCUUCAGCGCCAAUCUGGUAGUAAUUGUUGUCAUGGCGUUCUUCGUGAUGAGCUCGUCCCUCUAUUUUAUCUUCAACGAAGUAGUGAAAGACGAGGAAACGGAUUAUUGGGACAUAGGCACUUAUGUAGCUUGGGAAAUUACCACUGCUCUACCCAUAAUAGUGACGGUAGUCAUUUGCAAUUUGACGUCCAACGAAGCAGAGCUUACAGGAAGAUUGAUUCAUGAACUUUACGUCGAGAAUUCAGAGUCAAAACUCUACCAAAUUAUUCGUUCAUUGUCUCUCCAACUUCAUCACCAGAAGAUUGAAUUCUCAGGGGCUGGCCUCUUUCCGAUAAACUCAUCCCUGCUGCAAACGAUGAUUGGCAAUAUGACAACAUUCCUCGUUAUUCUCAUUCAAUUCCAGCCAUCGCUCGACUAA